AUGGCCACAUUGGACGAGAUAUUCGGGGAGGAACAGGCGCAGGACGAUGGUCUGCCCGAGGAGUUCAAGACCAUGUCUGCAGACGACAUUCAGCGGAGAACGCGGCUCCUCGAGACCGAGCUGCGGGUGCUGCGGGAGGAGAACAACCGGCUGAACCACGACAAGGCAGGCCUGGCUGAGCGCAUCAAGGACAAUCACGAGAAGAUCAAGCUGAACAACCAGCUUCCCUACCUGGUGGGCAACAUCGUCGAGGUCCUGGACGUGGACCCUGACGAGGAGGAGGAGGAGGAUGGUGCUAACGCGUACCAGGACGCCUCCAAGAAGGGCAAGUGCGUGGUGCUGAAGACCAGCACACGCCAGACAGUGUUCCUGCCCGUGGCGGGGCUGGUGGACCCUGCCACCCUCAAGCCCGGGGACCUGGUGGGGGUGAACAAGGACUCCUACCUCAUCCUGGACACGCUGCCGGCGGAGUACGACUCGAGGGUCAAGGCCAUGGAGGUGGAUGAGAAGCCGAGCGAGGACUACACCGACAUUGGGGGCCUGGAUAAGCAGAUCCAGGAGCUGCGGGAGGCCAUUGUCCUGCCCAUCACGCACAAGGACCGCUUCAAGUCGCUGGGCAUCAGGCCGCCCAAGGGCGUGCUCCUGCACGGCCCUCCUGGCACGGGUAAGACGCUGAUCGCGCGAGCGUGCGCGGCGCAGACCAACGCCACCUUCCUGAAGCUUGCGGGGCCGGCCCUGGUCCAGAUGUUCAUCGGGGACGGGGCCAAGAUUGUGCGCGACGCCUUUGCCCUGGCGCGUGAGAAGUCGCCCGCCAUCAUCUUCAUCGACGAGAUUGACGCGAUAGGGACGACGCGGCGGGAUUCGGAGCUGUCUGGGGACAGGGAGGUCCAGCGCACCAUGCUGGAGCUGCUCAACCAGCUGGACGGAUUCUCCUCCCAGGACGACGUCAAGAUCAUCGCCGCGACCAACCGGCCAGACAUCCUGGACCCCGCCCUCAUGCGAUCAGGCCGGCUGGACCGCAAGAUCGAGUUCCCCCACCCCAACGAGGAGGCACGGUCCAAGAUCCUGCGCAUCCACUCGCGCAAGAUGAAUGUCUCCCCGGACGUCAACUUCGACGAGCUGGGCCGCUCCACCGACGACUUCAACGCCGCGCAGCUCAAGGCGGUGUGCGUGGAGGCGGGCAUGCUGGCGCUGCGGCGGGACGCCACGGAGAUCAAGCAUGAGGACUUCAACGACGCCAUCAUUGAGGUGCAGGCAAAGAAGAAGACGUCCCUGCAGUACUACGCCUGA